AUGGAGCCCGACGCGACGACGUACAGGUACGAGGCCAGGUUCACGCACGUCAUUAUGAACGUGAGCACCGCCAGGGAGGCGAUCCUGUACGAGUUGGGGGCCACGUACGCAUCCCUGAUCCUGUCCAUGAUCGACCUCAAGAGCAGGAACCUGAAGACGAACAUGCACCUGGCCCCGUACAGGGACCUGUUCAGGCACAGGGCGUGGCUCGAGAAGAUGCACAGGGAGGGGUACUCUGUCCUGAUCAUCGGCGAGGCCGUCAACACGCUCAUGGAGGGGAUCCGCGACCCGGAGAGGUUCUGGAAGACGCACGGGACAUUCAGGAUGACCGGCGGCAACAACUCGCUCAUGGUGUGCAUCUGGCGCUCCAACAGAAUGCCCUACAGCAACAGCGACCUGUCCGGCUGCACGUUCGACCACACGACCGCCGAGACGACGACGGAGACGAACAUCGUCAGAGACGACUGCACGCACGACAAGACCCUCGUGCCCUGGCUAUGGGCGGGAGGUUCAACACGUACAUGUUCCCGCCGUGGGACGAGACGUGGUUUGAAAACGCAACGCCGGGAUCGACUUCAUGGACGACGGGCCCCACCGCAGGCCCAGGUUGUGCUGUCGAUCGUGUACUACCGGUUGCACGACAGCGGGGUGACCAGGAGGGUGGUGGAGAUGAACGGGACGCUGGUCGUGGGCGCGCUCGACAACACGUACACGUGGAUGCUGUCCAAGCUGGAGAUGAGCCCGACCAUGAAGAUGUUCAAGGUCAUCUCUGGCAGCGAGGAGGAGAUGCUCAUGGUCCCGUACAUGAACAUGAGCAGGCAUAUCGCCAUGUGCAUCAUCAGCAAGAUAUUCGUGUUACGGAAAGGAUCCGGACGUCUGCGGGUUCACACCCAGGGGCCCGUCUGGAGCGACAUGACCACGAUCCUGCUCAGCGCCGUGGUCCUACGGCAACUUGAACGACCAUGGCGACAAGACACGUACAUGACCACCUACACCUACAUGUCCAUCAAGAGGUGCAGGGCCACCAGCAGCGUCUGCUUCGUGUGCAAGGAGGGGCUCACGAACAUCAUCCCGUGCGACAAGAGGACCGAGGAGGCGCCCGGGAUAACCCUCUUCGCCCCGACCGAGUGCGUCAACAGGCAGAAGAUCGUCGUCUCGUUCCACCCCGACUGCAUGGGUGACAACUUGACCAUGACCGCCUCGACGACGCACAAGGAGCACUCGGACGACAUCAAGAAGGCGGUCCUGAAGAUGGCGUUCAAGAUGGACUUGACGGUCUACCUGGUCGGCCCCGGGGACGACAAUAAGAUGACGGAGCUGAGCGUGAACCUGACCACCCACGAGCGCACCAACACCCGAGAACAGCACCGUCGUGUAGAUGAACAUGCGCAUGCAGGUGUUGCCGAUCAAAACUGCCAGCUGCACAGGCACCUGGUCACCACCAUCAACAUGUGCAACAUCACGUUCACGGUCUGCACCCUCUGCCUGUACUCGCUCGAGUUGAUCGACUCGUGCCCGCGCAACAACACGUGCAUAUGCGUCACCCAGACGAUCUCCGCCCUCGCGACCAUACACGGGCCGGCGUACGACCUGAUAAUUACGGUCGUGCCCAUCCUGUGCAACAUGUGCAUGGAGAGCGAACCGGAGCUGUGCGCGGACACGCCUCUGACCAACGCCAUCCAGAUGUCGAGGGUGUCGAAGAUUGCGAACUUCAUGAACAGGAGGAGGUCGUUGAACAUCACCGUGAAGACGCUCACGAGCGGGAGGCCGUACAUGGGCAUGCGCAUCGACAGGAACAGCACCGUGGUCUUCUUCGAGAAUAUGGACUAG